AUAAAAAUUACAAUAGUCUGUGCAUGUUUAUUCUCUUUAGACCCAGACGACCUACGCUAGUAAAUCUAUCAACUAUCUUCGAAAAAAUACAACCAUUCCCCAACCGGCCGAAGGUGUGGCGAAACUCCUUAAAGAUAACAUGGUUGUGCCAUGGAGUGAAAUCAAUGGUACACAAGUGGUGAUGAUCACGAAUGAUAAGGAUUACACAUUUUCUGGCACAAUUGAGAAGGAUGGUACGAAUUUUAUGGGUCUUAUCGUGUUCUCAAUUCUGCUUGGUGUGGUUCUAAGAAAGUUGGGGGAAGAUGGCCGUCCAUUGUUGGACUUUUGCAGAUCUUGGAUGCAUGUUGUUAUGAUGUUAGUGACUUGGAUUAUGCGGUAAGUCUAUGUAGUCUUAUGUGCAUGAAUGACUCUUUUGGUAUUGACAUAUUUUUGAAGCUCCACUAUAUCGCUUUGAAUGCCCAACCUCGUACCCAGGGUCUUUCCUCUUGUGGAGAAAAACCCUGGUAGACGCUGGUCACGUGAUCUGCUAAAAUCUAGCAAAUUUCUAAUUAACUACAAAAAGAAAAUUAUAAAUUAAACUAUAAUCUUCAUACUCUGCUCAAUAGGUGCGGUACUUUAACCUUCAUUAAUUCUAGUUUCCAUUCAACUGUAUGGUUACGGCGUUCAAUACAGUUCAAGUGGAAAAACACGGUUUUAGUAGGUUGGUUUCCCUUUAAAAGGCUAAAGCGUGUUGUAUCGGUAAGAGGGCCUUCGUCUGGAACCAUGCAAAACCUGAUUGUUUUUUGAACAUACAGUGGGAUUUGGAGAACUGCCAAAAGUUUCACUAUCAUAAAGCGCAUUUGAAUAGUUUUACAUAAUCAAGUUUUGGUUAAUUCUCUUUCUCCUCCGCAUACAGUAUACAGCCACCUUAAGUAUUUACAUUAAGUUUCCUGAGUAAUGUGUUUUUCCUUAACACAUAGGGUGUCUCCACUUGGUAUCUUAAGUCUAAUCGCUGGAAGUUUGGCUGAGGUUGAAGAUAUCUUGAAGACAUUCAAAGAUGUUGGUCUGUUCGUUGCAGUUAACUGUGUUGGUUGUUUUAUCCAAGCAUUUAUCGUAUACCCUUCAUUGUACUUUUUCUUUGUGAGAAAGAAUCCAUUUGCUUAUUUGUCUGGUAUAGUUCCUGCCAUAAUCACUGCAUUUGGAACAGCAUCAAGGUACAUGACAGUUUAUAGUUUUAUUAAUAUAGAAAUUCUUAAAAGUACAACAUACUACGGUUUCUUCAUUAUCAAUUCCUUUCUUUAACCUUUAAUUUAAGGAUAUUGCAUGGCACAAGAAUUUAAAUUGAUGCAUAAUUAUAUAGUUAAGGCGGGGGAGCACCUAAAGGGCAAAUUUUCCAGCUCAAAUAUUCACGAAUCCAUUUCUCAGUAAUCUUGAAAAAAAAGGAAACAAUUUCCAGAGCAGCUGGUUCAUGCAAUCUAUGUGCUCUUUUUUACGUCUAGUUUUUCCAUGCAGGUAAAAUGUUUUCCAAAGUAUAUAAACCUUUUAUUUGCUGCAAUUAAACAAUUUUACUAGCAUGCAAUGUAGGCUUUCUUAAAUCAUUUCAGUAAUUCAUAUCCCAUUCUCCCACCUCUUCAAGACCCUCUUAAAACAAGAAAUAGUUAGACGCCUCAGAGUGCAAUAAUCCCGGAUUUUCAACCGUACCGCACUGGUUCCCCAGUAUCAUUGCCACUUAUGUAAGCUGAUACAAACUUAUAUUAUAGGAAUCAAGGUGUACUUAGUCUGAUAAAUUGCAUAAACCAUACUUGUUUUCUGAAUGGCAUUCCUGCAGUAAGUAUUACUAUCCAACAAUGUACAUAUCGUAACAGUAACCAAAUGGUAUCUCCGGUUCAUUGUUGAACUGGUUCUCCGACUAUUUGAGCGAAAGACGUCAGCGAGUAGUGGUCGACGGAGUGUCAUCCUCGUUUCUCAGUGUAACAUCAGGGGUGCCACAUGGCAGCGUACUCGGCCCACUUUUGUUCUUUAUUUACGCAAACGACCUCUCAAAGGCAGUGAAUCAUAGCACAGUGCCCAUGUUUGCUGAUGACAGCAAAUGCUAUCGUCAAAUUACCCGACAACGAGAUAGAGAUCAUCUUCACGAUGACCUAAAUUCCCUCCACCAAUGGUCUAAGAAGUGGAACUUAAAUUACAAUGCGAAAAAGUGUGUUGCCCUCAGAUUCUCACGAAAGAAAACCUCCGUUCCAGACUUAUAAAGUCUUCUUCCACGCAGAGCGAUUUGGGUAUCCUGGUGAGCAAUAAUCUAAAAUGGUCCCUACAUAUCGUCAAUAUCGUUUCUAAAGCCAACAGAAUGCUUUGGUUUCUGCGACGCAAUUGUUUUCACCUCACUGACGUGCUUGCUCGCCGCUUUCUGUAUUUGUCUCUGGUCCGCUCUCACUUAUCGUUCGCUUGCGAAGUCUGGGUUCAUCUCGAAGGAAUUCAACGUCGAGCUACAAAGUUUAUUCUUCAGGACUAUGAAAAACUACAUCUAAUCCCCCUCUCAUGCUGGCAUGAAAUUAAAGACAUAAUAUAUUAUAUUCCUCUAUACAAAUGUAAAUCCAGGAUGUACGAACUUGACAUCAAUCAGUAUAUUACCCAACCUCUUCACCACUCCACUCGUUUCAGUUCUGGUGAUCUUCGUCCAAACCUGUGUAAAACCUCCCUCUUCCGUACUCAUACUUUAACAGAAUUGUAUUUUUAUGGAACAAUUUACCGUCUGAUAUCAAAUAAUCUUCGUCAGUCGCCAUGCUUAAAGUGCUGCUGCAGCGAAUUCUUGGAC